CUAUCAGAGAGCUUUUCGAAGAAGACGAAUUCUAGGGUUUGUUGUGGAGUUACAUAACUCUAGGUUCUGAGGAGAGGGAUACAUAGAAGAAGGCAAAGAAGGAUCUUGAUUCUUUGAUCUGUGAUUGGAGCGAUUUUGAGGAGGAAGGAGAACGACUUGUUAUGGAUUCGGUCCCUUCGAACUCCCAUGGCAACCUCGAUGAGCAGAUUGCUCAGUUGAUGCAGUGCAAGCCUUUGUCCGAACAAGAGGUAAGGGUGCUGUGCGAGAAGGCUAAGGAGAUAUUAAUGGAUGAAAGCAAUGUUCAGCCUGUGAAGAGCCCUGUUACUAUUUGUGGUGAUAUUCAUGGACAAUUCCAUGAUCUGGCAGAGCUUUUCCGAAUUGGAGGGAAGUGUCCGGAUACAAAUUAUUUGUUUAUGGGAGAUUAUGUUGAUCGUGGCUACUAUUCGGUUGAGACUGUAACACUCCUAGUGGCCUUGAAAGUGCGGUAUUCUCAACGGAUUACUAUUUUAAGAGGAAAUCAUGAAAGUCGUCAGAUUACUCAAGUUUAUGGGUUUUAUGAUGAAUGCCUGCGGAAGUAUGGCAAUGCCAAUGUUUGGAAGAUCUUUACAGAUUUAUUUGACUAUUUUCCACUUACAGCUUUGGUUGAAUCCGAAAUAUUCUGCUUGCAUGGUGGAUUGUCACCAUCCAUUGAAACACUUGAUAACAUUCGCAAUUUUGAUCGUGUUCAAGAGGUUCCCCAUGAGGGUCCUAUGUGUGAUCUUCUAUGGUCCGACCCAGAUGAUCGAUGUGGGUGGGGUAUCUCUCCAAGAGGUGCUGGAUACACAUUUGGACAGGACAUAUCUGAACAGUUCAAUCACACCAAUAACUUGAAGCUUAUUGCUAGAGCACAUCAGCUGGUUAUGGAAGGGUAUAACUGGGGUCAUGAACAAAAAGUGGUCACUAUAUUCAGUGCACCUAAUUAUUGCUAUCGUUGUGGAAACAUGGCAUCCAUUCUGGAAGUUGAUGACUGCAAAAACCACACAUUCAUUCAGUUUGAGCCGGCCCCAAGGAGAGGAGAGCCGGAUGUAACGCGAAGAACACCCGAUUAUUUCCUAUGAUGUAACAGUAAAUUAGUUGCUGAAUUUCCGGUGGGUAGCGCCUGACCGCUGUUUUACAUAUGUUUUGAGAGCUGCAUUUUAUAUAUAGUAGUGAGGUUAUCAUUAUGCUGCGGUGGUGGUAGUGGUGGCGGCGGUGGUAAUGGCGGUUGGGAUCGGGCAGCGAACAAGCAUGUGCAGCGAGCAGGCGAAGCUUACUACGAUUGGUUCUCGUGAUUUAUGCUCAGGUAGUGUCUCUGCAAGGGAAGGCACAGUAUAUGGCUGGGGACACUUUUGCAGCUUAGUGAGUGUACCAUGUCCAGAGGACAAAUAUGGAAUAUUCUCUUUUACUUGGUUUUCCAUUCUCGUCUCAUUCCUCACAUUUAUUUUUCUGUAUUAGGAUGCUCUUUUCUUUUUCUUUCUUUUUUUAAUUGGUUGGGGUUUUGUAGAGGGAUGAUGCUUUCUCUUAAAUUAUAAUGGUGCUUUUAUAUA